UCCGCGAGAGGCGACCGGAGCACGGCCCGGCCGAGCGGCAGCGGGACUCCGAAGUCCACCAACGGCGCGGCCGCGCUCCCCGCACGCCCGGCCGGCCGGCCCUGCGGGCCACUCCCGACCGCGGCCUCGCUCCUGCCCCGCGGUGACCGCAAGCCCCCCUGCGGCCCCUCCUCGUCGCCUGUCCGUCCCCGCUGUGUCUUCGCUGUGUCCCCCGCUCCGUCCUUCUCUGUCCCCGUUCCGUCCCGCUGUGUCCCUCGCUCCGUCCCCGCCCGCCGACCCCCGGCGAUGCCGCGCGGCGCCACCUGGGCGCUGCUCUUGGCCGCGGCCCUGGGGCUCGGGGCGCGCGGCGUGCGCGGCGCUGUGGCCCUAGCCGACUUCUACCCAUUCGGCGCGGAGCGCGGCGACGCCGUCACCCCCAAGCAGGACGACGGCGGCUCCGGGCUGCGGCCGCUCUCCGUGCCCUUUCCGUUCUUCGGCGCCGAGCACUCCGGCCUCUACGUGAACAACAACGGGAUCGUCUCCUUCCUGAAGGAGGUUUCUCAGUUCACCCCAGUGGCCUUCCCCAUCGCCAAGGACCGCUGCGUGGUGGCGGCCUUCUGGGCGGACGUGGACAACCGGCGUGCAGGCGACGUGUACUACCGGGAGGCCACCGACGCAGCCACGCUGCGCAGGGCCACAGAUGAUGUCAGGCGCUACUUCCCCGAGCUCCCAGGCUUCUCCGCCACCUGGGUGUUCAUAGCCACCUGGUACCGCGUCACCUUCUUCGGAGGCAGCUCCUCUUCCCCCGUCAACACGUUCCAGACCGUGCUCAUCACCGACGGCAAGCUCUCCUUCACCAUCUUCAACUACGAGUCCAUCACGUGGACCACGGGCACGCACGCCAGCAGCGGGGGCAACGCCGCUGGUCUGGGGGGCAUCGCGGCCCAGGCCGGCUUCAAUGCGGGUGAUGGGCGGCGCUAUUUCAGCAUCCCCGGCUCACGCACAGCGGACAUGGCGGAGGUGGAGACCACCACCAACGUGGGCGUGCCCGGGCGCUGGGCGUUCAGAAUCGAUGAUGCCCAGGUGCGCGUGGGGGGCUGCGGCCAUACAACCUCCGUGUGCCUGACCCUGCGCCCCUGCCUCAACGGCGGCAAGUGCAUCGACGACUGCGUCACGGGCAAUCCCUCCUACACCUGCUCCUGCCUCUCGGGCUUCACGGGGAGGAGGUGCCACCUGGAUGUGAACGAGUGUGCUUCCCACCCGUGUCAGAACGGCGGGACCUGCACGCACGGCGUCAACAGUUUCAUCUGCCAGUGCCCGGCCGGCUUCGGGGGACCCACCUGUGAGACAGCACAGUCUCCAUGCGACGCCAAAGAGUGCGAGAACGGCGGCUGGUGCCAGGCGGAGGGCGGCUCCGCGGUGUGCGUGUGCGCGGCCGGCUACACGGGCGCGGCCUGCGAGAUGGAUGUGGACGAGUGCGGCUCUGACCCCUGCCUGAACGGAGGGUCGUGUGUUGACCUGGUGGGGAACUUCACCUGCCUUUGUUCAGAGCCCUUCGAGGGACCUCGCUGCGAGACAGGAAGCCACCCGGUGCCCGACGCCUGCCUCUCGGCCCCCUGCCAGAACGGGGGCACCUGUGUGGAUGCGGACCAGGGCUACGUGUGCGAAUGCCCCGAAGGCUUCAUGGGCCUUGACUGCAGGGAGAGAACCCCCAACAACUGUGAGUGCCGCAAUGGUGGCAGGUGCCUGGGGGCUAACACCACCCUCUGCCAGUGCCCUCCGGGCUUCUUUGGGCUCCUCUGCGAAUUUGAGGUCACGGCCAUGCCCUGCAACGUGAACACGCAGUGCCCCGACGGCGGCCACUGCAUGGAGUACGGCGGGAGCUACCUGUGCGUCUGCCACACCGACCACAACGUCAGCCACUCGCUGCCGUCCCCCUGCGACUCGGACCCCUGCUUCAACGGAGGCUCCUGUGAUGCCCACGAUGACUCCUACACGUGCGAGUGCCCGCGGGGCUUCCACGGCCGGCACUGCGAGAAAGCCCGGCCGCGCCUGUGCAGCUCGGGGCCCUGCAGGAACGGCGGCACGUGCAAGGAAGCGGGCGGCGAGUACCGCUGCGACUGCCCCUACCGCUUCACCGGAAGGCACUGCGAGAUCGGGAAGCCAGACUCAUGCGCCUCUGGCCCCUGUCACAACGGCGGCACCUGCUUCCACUACAUCGGCAAAUACAAGUGUGACUGUCCCCCAGGCUUCUCGGGACGGCACUGCGAGAUCGCCCCCUCUCCCUGCUUCCGGAGCCCGUGCAUGAACGGGGGCACCUGCGAGGCCCUGGGGACAGACUUCUCCUGCCACUGUCAAGCAGGGUACACCGGACGCCGGUGCCAGGCAGAGGUGGACUGCGGCCCGCCCGAGGAGGUGACACACGCCACCCUGCGCUUCAGUGGCACCCGGCUGGGCUCGGUGGCCCUCUACUCGUGUGACCGAGGCUACAGCCCGAGCACCUCCAACCACAUCCGCGUCUGCCAGCCGCAGGGUGUCUGGAGCGAGCCUCCCCAGUGCCACGAAAUUGACGAGUGCCGAUCCCAGCCGUGCCUGCAUGGGGGCUCCUGUCAGGACCGCGUCGCUGGGUACCUGUGUGUCUGCAGCCCAGGGCAUGAAGGAGCCCGCUGCGAGCUGGAGACAGACGAGUGCCUGACGCAGCCCUGCAGAAACGGAGGCUCCUGCAGGGACCUCCCGGGGGCCUUUGUCUGCCAGUGCCCCCCAGGCUUCGUUGGAGUCCACUGCGAGACAGAGGUGGACGCCUGCGACUCCAGGCCCUGCCAGCACGGAGGCCGGUGCGAGAACGGUGGCGGGGCCUACCUGUGUGUCUGCCCAGAGGGCUUCUUCGGCUACCACUGCGAGACAGUGAGCGACCCCUGCUUCUCCAGCCCCUGUGGGGGCCGCGGCUACUGCCUGGCCAGCAACGGGUCCCACAGCUGCACCUGUAAAGCGGGCUACACGGGCAAGGACUGUGCCAAAGAGCUCUUCCCACCAACGGCCCUCAAGGUGGAGCGAGUGGAGGAGAGCGGGGUCUCCAUCUCCUGGCGCCCACCCGAAGGCCCAGCCGCCUGGCAGAUGCUCGACGGCUACGCGGUCACCUACGCCUCUUCCGACGGCUCCUACCGCCGCACGGACUUCGUGGACCGGGGCCGCUCCUCGCACCAGCUCCGGGCCCUGGCGGCCGGCAGGGCUUACAACAUCUCCGUCUUCUCGGUCAAGCGCAAUGCCAACAACAAGAACGACAUCAGCAGGCCCGUGGUGCUUCUCACCCGCACGCGACCCCGCCCCGUCGAGGGCCUUGAGGUCACCAACGUGACCGCCAGCACCAUCUCGGUGCGAUGGGCUCUGCACAGGAUCCGCCACGCCACCGUCAGCAGCGUCCGCGUGUCCAUCCGCCACCCCAAGGCCCAGGAGGACGAGUCCACCGACGUGGACAAGGGUGUGGACAAGUUCACAUUCAGGGCCCUGCUUCCAGGAAGGAGAUACACCAUCUGGGUGACUGCCCUCAGCGGGCCUGGGGGGCAGGAGCACCCCACCGAGAGCCUGGCCUCGGCGCCGCUGCACGUGUGGACCCGGCCUCUGCCGCCAGCCAACCUGACCGCCGCCCGAGUCACGGCCACCUCCGCCCACGUAGUCUGGGAUGCCCCCACUCCAGGCACCUCACUGGAGGCCUACGUCAUCAACGUGACCACUAGCCAGAGCAGCAAGAGCCGCUACGUCCCCAACGGGAGGCUGGUGUCCUACACAGUGCGGGACCUGAGGCCUGGGCGGCGGUACCAGCUGUCAGUGACGGCCGUGCAGAGCGCCGGGGGCGACCAGCUGCACAGCGAGCCCGCUCACCUGUACAUCAUCACCUCCGCGAGGGACGGCGCCGACAGACACUGGCACCGGGAAGGACUCCCCCCGCGGGCGCUCAGAACCCGACCGGCCCCCGCGCGCCUGCCGGAGCUGCGUCUGCUCAACGACCCCGGCGCCCCCGCACCGCCGACCCAGGCCCCCAGGUUCUCGGAGCUCGUGGACGGCAGAGGACGAGUGAGCGCCAGCUUCCGGAGCUCGCCUGGCAGACGGGUCACCAUGAGAUCACAACCCACGGCUCUGGUGCAGCUGGAGAACGCGGAGGAGGUCCCCGAGCAGGUCAGCCUGGCCCUCCAGCUCCCCGGACGCAGUGGUGACAAGGGCGUGGAAAAUGCCCCUGGGAACUGCUCAGAAAACCCCUGUCAGAACGGAGGCACCUGUGUGCCUGGUGAGGAUGCCCACAGCUGUGACUGCACCCCGGGGUUCAAAGGCAGACACUGUGAGCUUGCAGCCUGUAGAAAGGUGCCCCAGCCCUGCACACGGCUGUUCUCGGAGACAAGGUCCUUUCCGGUCUGGGAAGGAGGCGUCUGUCACCACGUGUAUAAAAGAGUCUACAAAGUGCAUCCCGACACCUGUUUCAAAGAGAGCUGUGAGAGCACGCGUGCCAGGACCCCAGACAGGAAACAAAGUAACAGUCCUACACUGAAGAAAUCUUAAGCCGUCCUCUGCUUCUCGAGGAGGCACUGAGUCAGCCCCGUCCUGUGCUCUGGUUCUUGCGCGUACUUCUGGGGUUCAACAGAGGGUGACUCCCCGAGGCCCCCCCCGCCGGAGACCGUUGUCAGUUUACGCAGCAAAAAAGCAGUCGUCCUCUUCUGUCCUCCAAGCCGAGUAGUCUGCCUAGCAAUAAGGGACCAGGUGAGGGGGAUCAGGUGGUGCCCAUCCAAGACCUGUAAGACACAGCCCCCAAAGGGAAUUAAUUCCUCACCACUCCACGUAACGGACACCUCGGGAUUUCUGAGGCAGGGUAUUUAGUGCCUUGGUCCUACACAAACAUAAGUUUUUACAAGCAAUCCGCAAAGUCAUACCUGAACUUAAAAAGCCUACAGAGAAAGACGUUCACGUACAGAGAACAGAGAACUGCAGAAGCACAGAGAUGAGCUGUUGCUGCUAUAACUGAGGAGACACAGACAAGGGGGGACAGGGGAGAACUAUUUCAACGCCACCAGGUAAAGCAUGGGGGGGCGGGUUUCCUCCACCUUCUCAGUGCCUGGGGGGCCUGCAGAUUUAACUGGAAGAUUAGCAGGCAGAAAAAAACAGUUUAUUUAUAUGCAUGUGGUGGCUCACAAGCCCUGGUUCCCUAAAUGGCUGGAGUUGGGGGCUAACUUGAGCAAAUGGGGGUGGGCUCCUAGGCGAGCAAAUGGGAGCCCAGGAAGUCUGUGAUGUUUGCUUAUGUAGAUACACGUCGUCUUCCCUCUCUUUUUUCCUUCCUGGCCGUAAAGCUCCCCAGGAGAAAGGAUCUGUGGCGCCCUCGCUCCCAGAAAGUUCUGCUUUUAGCGCGAUAAGGGCCGCCCCAAGAAGGCUUCUUUCUGUAUCUGCCAAAUCUCAAAUGUCUGUAACUUAAACUGAUUUCCGUGCCAACUCUGGGGGUCCAAGUGGGUACCCACACCUGAAAAAUCUGGACCUCACGUGAGUCUCCAGAUUCACGUACUUAAAUUCAUUCCACAAAAGAAAUCCUGGUAGCCUGCAGGCAAACUACUCCCGUUGACUUCAGAACUCUCCAGGGUUCAGGCUGGCGCGUAACGAACGAGGCCCACAUCCCCAGGCACUCAACCGCCCUUCACGGCCCGUCCCAAAGCCUCCCCAGCGCCCUCGGCCGCCGCGCCCCCGCCAGCCAGUCAAAUCCACCGAGCCGCUCGCUGCUCCCGCCUCCCGCUCUCGCCCUGUCUGGGGUCCACUCGCGGGGUCGGCCCAGCGCCGGCGGGGUGAAAGUGGGAUAAAGCCGCACUGGCGGAGCGGAGAGCACCGCAGAUCAGGGUGCGGCACCAGGUCGGCGUGCGCCGGCCUCUACGACCCUCCAGGAGCCCCUGCUCGCGGUUCCCCCUCACCUGCCGACCCAACGCAGCCAUAGCGCGAAGGCAGCGGCAGCGCCGCUGACGCCGGAAGCAGCCGUCUCCCGGGUCCGCCGCUUCCGCCCUCCGGGUCCGCUGCUUCCGCCCUUCCCCUCGGCAGCGCGAAGGCGCGGGAAGCAGUUCCGCCCAGCCCUUGUCCGCAGGUGUCCGGUGCUGGGCCGGUUUCUGGGGCCUGGGCCCGCCGCCACCUUGGGCGCGGAGAGCGCGCCUUCUCUGCUUGGUGCCUCCGCUGCCCGGGUUUCCGCUUUCUAGAGCUCUCGGCUAGCGCAACAAAUGAACAGCUCCUUCCCCAUACGUUCGCUUCUCAUUACCUUAAAAUUCCUCUUAAGAGCGGAGGUGAGAGGAAACCAUAACCUCGCUCAAAACCGGCCACCGCCUCGCGGUCCAGCAGUAACCUCCCCGGAGAAAGCAGGGCCCCUCCCAAGGCAGGUUCACGUUGAGGUAGAGACCGGGCGGUCUGAGUAAAAGGGAGCCGGUCCCAGAUAUAGUUAUUUGGUGUGGAAGCUGCAUUCAAUAUGAAUAUUAGUGACAAGUUGAAAUGGUAGUGGAGCGAUCGGUUCAGGCAUGCAAAAUGGAGUCUGGCGGCCAUGGAGGACCUGGUCUCAGCCACUCUGCACCGCUGAGAACGUGAGCUUUGAACUGUUCCAGACCCAGGGACACCCCCAGCCUAUUCAGAACAGCACCUGCCAGCUCAACCUUCUGGUCUCAAGGUCUCCCUUUAUAACCGUGCAACCAUUUCAGACCCCAACCAAUCCUUAUUUGACAAGCACCCUUACUUCUUGUGAGCUCCAAUUAUAAUUCUUGAUAAACACCCCCCAACACACACACAAAUAUUCUAGAGGUUUAAAGUAUCCAAUGGAACUCCAGAAGUCUUUACAGUUUAAAAAAAAGGGGGGGGUCCUCCCAGCUUAGAGGUCUGGUUUCCUCUUGGGAUGAAAUCCAGUGAUGUUUCAGCCUAAUUUGCAUUCAUUCUUAAAUUUCGGACAUAGGCCUGUAACAGUUCAAAUAUAGACACUAACCAUCUUUCAAAAGGGGACAGUGGUGAAAAAGAAAAAAAAGGUGUGCUUUCUCAGCUGCCUAAAUUCCACCAAUUGUAAGCCCAAGCCUUAGUGUAUAAGUAUUUCUUCUUGUUUCAUCUACUUGUUUCCGAACUGAGAAAAAGGACUUGAUUCUUGCAUGGAUACAAUUUAUAGAGCUCUGGGCCAGGCACCAGACUGGAUGCUAAAAAUCUUCCUACAGAAGGAUUAUGCCAAAGAAGCAAGAGGCUGUAAACUUUUCUAUCUGGACUCUUUCUGCAGAGAGCACUCUCAGAGUGUUCAGACUUUCUGCUGCCAUCAAAUCAGAUGAGUUUUAAUUACUUUUUCUUAUAGAGAAGUAACAGUUCUUGGAGACCUAGAACUUUGCAUUCUCGGCCCAUUGCACACCUGUCUGUAGAAACAUUCUGUAACUUCUUUUGUGUUAUAAGCAUCAUAAAAACUACAUAGGAAAACAUUUGUGUUUUUUUCCCCCACUCUUGAAGAGUUCUUUGAACAUCACGAGACUCAUUUGAUUCUGAAGAGUAAAUGUCAUUAACGUACUACACACUUUAAAAAUUCACUUCUAAAAGCCCUGCCUUUACUGUCCCUGACGGAUGGAGGAAGGUCCCUCGUCAGUCUCUUGAGACAUCACGGAGACUCAGGCAGCACUUCCUAAAGGAAGGGGAAGGCAAUAUCCUGCAUCCCAGUAGUUGAGAAUCAAAUUAACUGUCAUCGGAGCAUCUGAAAAUAUCACGACAGUUGCAUGCUUCCUAAAUGAACACUAGCAUACU